CCCACGCUUCUUCGCUCUUACUCUCAUACUCACCGUCGAUAUGUCUAGUAGAGCAGGCGGGCUCUAUGGCGGCAUCCAGUUCUCCUCUUCGAAAGCAUUCAUCACCUCUGCUGGCUCUCAGGACGCUCAGGGACCCGUGAAUGCACCAGCCAACGACAGAGGCAUCACGCCUGCCGCCUCAUCUUCAAGAGAACAAGCACCGCCUACCACCAGCGCGCCCGACGCGCCAUCGAGCACCAAUCCCGCAACCGAUGGAGGUGCUUCGGUGAAACCCACAGCCGGAUGGUCCGCAAGCCUCGCAUUCGCGCCAGUCCGGCGCAACCCAAUCCAGAAGGCGAAGGCACCGGCGACACGACUCCCCGUGGGUGCUACGGUUGCUGCAGCACAAGCCGCCGCCGCGUCCUCAACGGCAAUGAUCUCAAGCACGGCUGUCGUCUUCGCCCCGCCGUCCCUGGUAGAACAGCCCAAGAAAGAAGAUGCCGCGCCGGGUGCUCACCCGCAGACCCAAGGAUGGGGAAAGAAAGUCAAGCCGCCGUCUAUGAUCCUUGUUGAAGAUGUCAACGGAUUCAAGGCUCAGCACGGGGAGAGACGCGGCGGGGGAGGCGGCAAGAAGAAAGGGAGAAAGAACAAGAACGCGCCCGUCAUCGCUGUCUGGGAUCCUUCGGAGGCAUAUGACCCCAUGCGCCCCAGCGACUACAAUGAGUACAAAAAUUAUAAGAGGAGGGAGCGCGAGGAAAGGCGAGAACAAAUCAUAGCGGAGCGUCGGCGCGCAGAAGAGCGCAAGCGAAUGCGGCGAAGUAGUAGCUAUUCUGAUAGCGGCUCUGAAGAUGAUCGGCCGCGCAAAGCAGGCCGAUUCGAGGAGCCCGAAGAAGAUUAUGACCGUCCCCGUGGUUUGGGCAGCAGUAUCCCGUCCGUUCCUCCUCCGGCCGCGGUUGAUGUGAACCUCACUGGUGACGAGGCCUACCAACGACGCCUUGCGAUGUCAAUGGGUAUCCGUCCUCCGGCGCCCGCCGCACCCGCACCUGCGUUCAUAUCCCCUGUGCCUGCUUUUACCCCUCCGGUCGCCACCUUCACGCCAUCGGCCUCUAAUACGCCACCCUUUGCGAUGAGUCCUCCCCCUCAACCGCCUUCUGCAGAUAUCAAUCCGCUUCGCUAUUCUUCCGCACCAGUCGCAGAGGACGACGAGGACGAGAUCCCAGGUCUCAAUAUUCCUCUGCCUGCGCCCACUCUCCCUGCUGGAGAGGCGGGAGAAGAAGCAUUUCUUCAGCGUGCUACAAUGUCACAGAUGGGCGCACAAUUUGGGCUUCCUUUUGCCGCUGAGAAUGCCCCGCCCUCACUCGCAUACAAUCCUUUCGCUCCGCCCUCCUCUGUACCGCUGCCGCCUGCUCCCGCGCCAAACGCUCUGUCUGAGGACAAGAUUCGCAGCAGCCGAGAGGCGGCCGCAGCGAUUGCUGCCAAACUACGGGCUCUGGCGCCGCCCACCGGGUCGCCAGAGCCCUCGUCUUCGGACUCUCCGAAGGCUGAGGACGCACAGCAGAAGAAACCCGACCCUCACGGAUUUGCUGCACGCCUCAUGGCAAAGUGGGGACACAAGGAAGGCCAGGGCCUCGGUGCAGACGGAAGCGGGAUCGUGCAUGCUCUUACUGUCGAGCAAGUUGCGGGGGGUAAAGGCAAAGGCAAGGACAGUAGCAAACCUUCCGGUUCUGCCUCGAAGCUGGGCCCUGGCUCGAAGAUGGGGAAGAUUGUGAACCUGAACGAGGACUCGAAGACUCGCGAAGAUCGCGAGCGGUUCGGAGAACCCAGUCGCGUCGUCGUCCUGACCAACAUGGUUGGUCCUGAAGAUGUCGAUGACGAGGAUCUCAGCGAUGACAUAGGCGGCGAGUGCUCCAAGAACGGCACGGUCGAGCGAGUAAUCGUCCACCCUGUGUACCCGCCUCCGGACAACCCCGACGAAGCCGUGCGCAUUUUCGUGCUCUUCGCGGGCCCUGUUGGCGCCUGGAAGACUGUCAGAGAGCUUGAUGGUCGUUAUUUUGGAGGACGAAUGGUCAGGGCACGAUACUUCCCUGAGAGUCAGUUCAACCAGUUCGACUUUGAUGCUCCAUUGUAGUCGACUGCAUGAUGUGAUAGUCUUGGUGUAUGUAGCUUGCUUGGUAAAUACUCAUGCUUGGUUGAUAUUCAUGUGAACGUUUGAAGAAUCACGUCCUCCAUGUGACGUCGUUGG